AGGAAGGAUACGCGCACAACGGGAUAACUUUGGAAACAGGCGAGUAACGUGAAAUUAUAACCGCGUUUGAGCUCUCAACGCUUGGGAUUUCAGUCAACAUAAAUUGUGAACAACAUUCACAAAGGGGUUGUAAUCCCUAACCAUGUCUUUAUAACGCCGUCGCCCCACUACUUUGUUUAUGACAUUAAAAAAAAUACUGCCUCCUCCAAGUAUGCAGAUGAGAGCAUUUUUGAUACAGUCUGUGGCAAACUCAAAAGACCUACUACACGAGGUAAGGCUGUGGCAGCCCAAGUGAUGUGCCAUGGGGUACGACACUAACCGCUUCCAGGGGCACGUGGAUGAAGACCUGUUGUGCCCCAUAUGCAGUGGUGUGCUGGAGGAGCCUGUACAGGCCACGGACUGCGAGCACGCCUUCUGCAAUGCCUGCAUCACCCAAUGGAUCUCCCAGCAGAGCACCUGCCCCGUGGAUCGCUCCCAGGUCACGCUGGCCCAGCUGCAGCCGGUGCCCCGCAUCAUGCGCAACAUGCUGUCCAAGCUGCAGCUGAGCUGUGACAACAGUGCCUUCGGCUGCACGGCCGUGCUGCGACUCAGCCAGCUGCAGUCACAUCUCAGGGAGUGCGAGCACAACCCCAAGAAACCGGUCAUGUGCGAGCGAGGCUGUGGGCUGGAAAUUCCCAAGGAUGAGUUGGCCCAACACAACUGCGUGGGGCACCUCCGCACUUUGGUUCAGAAGCAGCAAGGCAAGAUCGCAGAGCUGGAGAAAACGGCCUCAGAACACAAACACCAACUGGCUGAGCAGAAACGUGAUAUCCAGCUACUGAAGGCCUACAUGCGAGCUCUUCGCACGACCAACCCCAGCUUACAGAACCUGGAGGAGACCAUUGAGUACAAUGAGAUUCUAGAGUGGGUGGGUUCAUUGCAGCCAGCUCGUGUGACCCGAUGGGGAGGCAUGAUCUCCACGCCCGACGCUGUUCUACAGGCAGUCAUCCGACGCUCACUGGUGGACAGCGGCUGCCCUCCGUCCAUCGUCGGCGAUCUGAUCGAGAACGCCCACGAGCGGAACUGGCCCGGGGGACUGGCCACGCUGGAAACACGGCAGAUGAAUCGCCGCUACUACGAACUCUACGUGGCUAAGCGCAUCCCUGGGAAACAGGCCGUGGUGGUGUUGGCCUGUGAGAACCAACACAUGGCUGAAGACAUGAUCCUUGAGCCUGGUCUCGUCAUGAUCUUUGCCCAUGGAGUGGAGGACAUUUUGUAGUCUGGGUGCAAUAGUAAUGUAGGCCAUCACUUGGACAUUGAAUAAAACUGAAUAAGGUAUUAGUUUAACAGGUGUUGGAAGAUACUGGAGGACAGUCUGACGUUCUAGUCACUCAGUUGAUUAUGUGAUUAUGCUGCAACUUUGUGGUGCAGAGGCAUUUGCAGUUAACUUUGUCUCUCCAUUUCAACACCAGACGAAACGACUGACUCAGAGUAAAUGCUCAUGUUGUUUUACCUUAUAUAGACUGGGGACGUAUAGAAAACAGUUUAUGUUGCAUGGGGUGAGAACUUGGUCGACCAUGCUAGCAUGAAAUGCAGAAAUGUUGUGGUGGAAGUGUCUGAACUGAAGUUCACAUAUCACUAACACGAACACUCACACAUUCACACGCACAAAACACACAGACGCAUAAAUAGCCCCAGCAACUUUUCUGUAUUUGUGUAAGGUUCCCUAAUGACAUUAACACAAGACUGACAGAACUCUGCUGUGCUGUGAAGAAAGCAGGUGGGUUUGAGAAUUUUAAGCUGCUGUGACUAUGGUCAUGUUUAUCUAUAAAAUAGCCUGGCUCCUAACAACAAAUACAGCACUGCUUUAGAAUACCUCACAUAUUCCUCAUUUAUUAUUUUGUGUGGUUUGUCAAAAUAAUGUGCAGUUUUGAGUGGACAAUGCAAUCCAUGGUUUUAUGACUUUCUUUACAAUAGCCUCGGGUCAUUGUUGGACAGUUCGUCAUCUACGAAAGUAGAGGCAGGAGCUGGCACACUACAUUUUUGCAGUGUCUUUCAAUUUUUUCGGAGAAUGGAUUUGCCCAGAAAUCUGAACUCAUUUUAGCCCUAAUCCCUUGGCAGCAUAGUUAUAAUGAUAGUUCCUUGGACACCGCUUCUGAUAAGCUUGACCAUAUCUGCUUUUCCCCAUUCCUUUCAGUGUCUGAAUCUUCAUUUUUAAUAUUUUCCAACACAUUUCCUUCAUUUGACAGAACAAUGUACUGUAAUAAUUUUAGUAAAGAAAAUUCUUCUACACAUUCAGAGCCAAUGAAACCAAAACAUCAAAGCAAUAUUAAUAUAUGAACUUUCAUACCCUUAUACACAGUAAAGCGGUUUUGACUGAGAGCAGUAGAAUGUUCAAGGCUGUUUUUGGUCUAAUUUCUUAAUGGGUUAUUUGUAAAUGGAUUUGAAAUUGUAUUGUUUCUGUUUUAAGUGUUCUAAAGAAUUUGAUCGUAAAUGUUUAAUGCAUGAUUCAUGAAUGUGUUUUUUUUAAAAAUGGCUCUCAGGAAGUGGUGAGUCACUCAUCCAAGAUUUUGUUUACUUUUUUUGAGUGUUGUGAUUUGCAUUCAGUAUUUUUUUGCUUGUGACCGUGUUGCAAGUUGUAUGCAGAAUAUAAUGUCUGUGUACGCAUUGAAGAAGAUAUCCCCUGUAAACACUCCAAUAUGAAUUAUAUUUAUUGUCUCUGA